AUGGCGGCGCUGCGGGCCAUUCGGGGGAUGGUGAACGGAGCCGUGUCCGAGCUGAGCGGCGGAGCGUCGCGGGAGCAGGCGGCCGCCGUCACCCGCGACUACCUCUCCCAGCCCCGCCUCACAUACAAGACAGUAUCUGGAGUCAAUGGACCACUAGUAAUCUUGGAUCAAGUGAAGUUCCCUAGGUAUGCAGAGAUUGUGCACUUGACACUACCGGAUGGAACAAAGAGAAGCGGGCAGGUGCUGGAAGUCAGUGGAUCCAAAGCAGUAGUUCAGGUUUUUGAGGGAACUUCAGGUAUUGAUGCUAAGAGAACCUCAUGUGAAUUUACUGGGGAUAUCCUUCGAACCCCAGUAUCUGAAGAUAUGCUUGGGCGAGUGUUUAACGGAUCAGGAAAGCCCAUAGACAGAGGCCCUAUGGUCUUGGCUGAAGAUUACCUUGAUAUCAUGGGUCAACCAAUCAAUCCUCAGUGUCGAAUCUACCCAGAAGAGAUGAUUCAGACUGGCAUUUCUGCUAUAGAUGGCAUGAACAGCAUUGCCAGAGGACAGAAAAUUCCUAUUUUCUCUGCUGCUGGGUUGCCCCACAAUGAGAUAGCAGCUCAGAUCUGUCGCCAGGCAGGCUUGGUGAAGAAAUCCAAAGAUGUGGACUACAGUGAAGAUAAUUUUGCCAUUGUGUUUGCUGCUAUGGGAGUAAGUAGUGAACAUGGAAACGCUCGAUUCUUCAAGUCUGACUUUGAGGAAAAUGGCUCCAUGGACAAUGUGUGUCUGUUCCUGAACUUAGCCAAUGAUCCAACCAUUGAGCGCAUUAUCACGCCUCGUCUUGCUCUAACCACAGAGUUCUUGGCUUAUCAGUGUGAAAAGCAUGUAUUGGUUAUUCUGACGGAUAUGAGCUCCUAUGCAGAGGCGCUGAGAGAGGUCUCAGCAGCCAGGGAAGAUAAGGCCGGUGGCUUUCCUGGUUACAUGUACACUGAUCUGGCCACAAUCUAUGAACGAGCUGGGCGAGUGGAAGGCAGGAAUGGGUCCAUUACUCAAAUUCCUAUUCUUACCAUGCCCAAUGAUGACAUUACCCACCCUAUCCCUGACUUGACGGGAUACAUUACUGAAGGCCAGAUCUACGUAGACAGGCAGCUGCACAACAGACAGAUUUACCCACCUAUCAACGUACUUCCCUCUUUGUCUCGAUUGAUGAAAUCUGCUAUUGGAGAGGGGAUGACCAGGAAGGAUCACGCUGAGGUUUCAAACCAACUGUAUGCAUGCUAUGCCAUUGGGAAGGAUGUCCAAGCCAUGAAGGCUGUUGUAGGAGAGGAAGCGCUUACUUCCGAUGAUCUUCUCUAUCUUGAAUUCCUGCAGAAAUUUGAGAGGAACUUCAUUGCUCAGGGGGCCUAUGAAAACCGCACUGUUUACGAGACGUUGGACAUCGGCUGGCAGCUGCUGCGUAUCUUCCCCAAGGAGAUGCUGAAGAGAAUCCCUCAGAGCACCUUGGCAGAGUUUUAUCCCCGAGAUUCCACAGCAAAGCACUAGCUCCACCUUCACCUUCCAUGAAACGCUGGGUUUUCUUCCCUUGUGUUGGUGUUUACUUGUCAUCCCUGUAAUUAAACCAAGAAUAAGUGACAUAUUUGUGCCAGUGUUCCUGAUGUGUUAAGCUGAUAACAGAGUUUAAAAUGCACCCCUUCUCUCAAGCACUAGGAUCUUGAAUUGUUUACAUUUAAUAGAGGGGAAAAUGUUCUUUCGCAACUCUUAUUUGGUUUACUGGAAUAAAUUUUUUUAUUUAGGCAGUCUUGGAGGAAGAAUAGCCUUGAGGCUGCAGUUUUCUACCCAUUGCACUGUGAGAAAAGUAAUAAAGUCAUAUGGGAGGUGUAGUUGAAUAAGAGUUAAAGAAGUCCUCUUCUCCUUAGCCCAGACUGCCUUUGUCCAGUCAAAAGUUCCACCUGCCUUUGUCCUGUUGUGUAGAAGAGGCACAGGGGGCACGAGAGAGGCACACACAACAGAGCAGAGUGAUGGCUGGUGGCAGGUCAAACCCACAAAUCACCUUUAGCUUCAAUUAUGGCUGAGAAAAUUACACAGCAAUGACAUUGCAAUGUUUGCACACCCUGGUGCUUGCCCAGUAACAGGUACAAGAUUCCUACCUCUUCCAGGAACUUGGCACGAGGUCCACUUGCUUGUUCUGCCGGGCUAACCUGCCUGGUUUCACUGUCUCCACCGCCACUUUGUGUAGAGGUGGACAUAAUACGAAACUGGAUAGGGAUCCUGCCUCUACCUGACCAACCCUGAACUGCAGAAUCGUUGCAACUGGAGAACCCUGCUGGUAAAGUGGCUUAGCCUAUAGCAAAUGGAAAUUUAUCCUGAGAAGUGUCAGUCUUCAUAAUGCCAUUGAGAAGAUAUGCCAGCACUUUCAGACUGCGCAUCACAGAAUAUAACCUCAUCCCUUGAAGUCGAUGGGCCCUCCGAUUUAACUUGUCUCAUCAAAUGUUACCCAAUGAGGUAGGAAAGGGUGAAGGCAAAUCAAAUGUGCGAAGGGAGGAUAUUUUAAAUUCUGUUAUUAAGCAGUCCUUUGGAUGACACUGGGUUCUGAACCGACCUUGGGUUUGUUUUUAAACCGCCUUCCGAUCGUGAAGUUGGCAAGCCAUCGUACACUGGGGGGGAAACAGCUUGAUGCUCAAUGUGUAUGUCAGUGGCGGCCAAAUGCUUAUAUGGAAUGGAUUUCGAUGCCUGGAAGCAAACAGGAUCUUUGUGUCUUCUCCUUGAUUUUGCUUUCCAGGCUAUUCUACACCCCAGCUUCAGCGACCCAGAUUGCAAACUGUUGGCAACCUCCUAGAUCACGGCUGGGAGUUGGUCAGAAGGGUUUGUUGCGGCUCAGGCCGCAUAGACUGUGGUGGUUCCAGCGUCUUCCCCACCCACCAUGCAGCCCUCCCAACGCGCUUUCCUAUGCAGAUCUUUCUUGUAUUGUUUUUUUGGUCUGUGUGCUCUGUAACCUGGGUGCAGUAGCCUUUUCUUUACUCUAGCGCAUUCCAUCAAAGUUGUGUCGAUUCUAUUUUUCUCUGGACAGAGGAGGGGAAAUCGUGGGGAUGGGGAGAUAGCAUGAAAUAUUUAAUGUAGAAAACUGUGAUAUCUGAAUAAGUUAAACAUGAACAAUAAAUGUAAACAAAAUGAGACUCUGUUCUCUGCUUAA